UACGUAGCGGCGAAGGGAGGGCGUGGAGGCUGUUUUACCACCGCUGGAACUGAAGAUUGCUUUAAAUAAGCAAGUCCUUGUAGAAGGCUUUUAAGUCAUGAUGCAAGAAUCUGGGACGGAGGCGACGAGCAAUGGACCAGCCAAUCAGAAUGGAGGUGCGAGCAUGGAAGGCGGGUCCAGAGAGGGGCGACCCAAGAGCGCCACGCCGUCAGUAGAGGUGACCGCCGCCGACCUCCUGCAUCUCCAACAGCACCAGGCUCUCCAAGUGGCUCGGCAGAUCCUCCUCCAACAACAACAGCAGCAGCAGCAGCAGCAGACACCUCAGUCGCAGCAACUGCAGUCUCAACAAAACUCUGGUCGCAAAUCCCCCAAAGUCAAUGACAAGCAGCAAAGUCUACAGGUUCCAGUGUCAGUGGCUAUGAUGACACCUCAAGUGAUAACUCCACAGCAGAUGCAGCAGAUCCUUCAGCAGCAAGUCCUGAGCCCUCAGCAGCUCCAGGUUCUUCUCCAGCAGCAACAGGCCCUCAUGUUACAGCAGCAGCAACUCCAAGAGUUCUACAAGAAGCAGCAGGAACAGCUCCACCUCCAGCUCCUACAGCAGCAGCAGCAGCAACAGCAGCAGCAGCAUGCAGGCAGCAAGCAGAGCAAAGAGCAGCAGGUUUCGGCUCAGCAGUUGGCCUUCCAGCAGCAGCUCCUGCAGGUCCAGCAGGUCCAGCAGCAGCAUCUGCUCAACCUACAAAGGCAAGGGCUGCUCAGCAUCCAGCCCGGACAGACCAGCCUGCCUCUGCACUCCCUCACUCAGGGCAUGAUUCCAGCAGAGCUACAGCAACUCUGGAAGGAGGUGACGAACGCUCAUGUGAAGGAGGAGCACAACAACAGCAGCAGCAACAACGGCCACCGGGGCCUUGACCUGUCCUCCCCGGCGCCGCCAAAGAACCCACUCCUCAACCAGCACGCCGCCACCAACGGACAGUACAUGAGUCACAAGAGAGAAGGGUCCACACUAGAAGAACAUUCUCCUCACAGUCACCCUCUUUACGGUCACGGAGUUUGCAAAUGGCCUGGAUGUGAGGCCGUCUUCGAUGAUUUCCAGUCAUUCCUCAAGCAUCUUAACAAUGAGCACGCCCUGGAUGACAGGAGCACGGCCCAGUGUCGGGUGCAAAUGCAGGUCGUACAACAGCUGGAGCUGCAGCUAGCGAAAGACAAAGAGCGUCUGCAAGCCAUGAUGACGCACCUUCAUGUCAAGUCCACGGAGCCCAAAGCCACCCCGCAGCCGCUCAACCUGGUGUCCAACGUCACAUUGUCCAAGUCGGCCCCGGAGGCGUCUCCUCCACUGAGCAUGCCCCAGACCCCGACCACGCCCACGACGCCGCUCACGCCCCUAUCCCAGACCCACUCUGUCAUCACAGCCAACAGCCUCCACAGUGUGGCCAUGCGACGGCGCUACUCGGAAAAGUACAACAUGCCCAUUUCUCCAGAUCUCAGUCAGAACAAAGAGUUUUACAUGAAUGCAGACGUUAGACCGCCGUUCACAUACGCCUCACUAAUAAGACAGGCAAUCCUCGAAUCUCCAGAAAAGCAGCUAACACUAAAUGAAAUCUACAACUGGUUCACACGAAUGUUUGCAUAUUUUAGGCGCAACGCAGCGACGUGGAAGAAUGCAGUCCGGCAUAAUCUUAGUCUUCACAAGUGUUUUGUGCGAGUAGAAAACGUAAAAGGGGCUGUGUGGACAGUCGACGAACUAGAGUUCCAAAAGAGACGGCCUCAAAAGAUCAGUGGAAGUCCAGCCUUAGUGAAGAACAUUCAGACCAGCUUGGGCUAUGGUCCGACCCUCUCUGCUGCCUUCCAGGCUUCAAUGGCAGAAAACAACAUACCUCUAUACACUACUGCUUCCAUUGGAAGUCCCACCCUCAACUCCCUGGCCAACGCCAUCCGUGAGGAGAUGAAUGGAGCGAUGGACCAUGGAAACAGCAACGGCAGUGACAGCAGCCCGGGACGCUCGCCCCUGCCAGCUAUGCAUCACAUCAGCGUUAAGGAGGAACCACUGGAUCCCGAAGACCACGAAGGGCCCCUCUCCCUGGUAACGACCGCCAACCACAGUCCGGACUUCGACCACCACAGAGAUUACGACGACGACCAGGGCCACGACGACAUGCUGUAAAGGUCCGGGGGUGGUCGCCACCACCGCCGCCGCCACCACCCUCCUCUUCCUCCUCCUCCUCCUCCUUGCCGCCUCAGAGGCAGAAGCAGUCUUUGGUCAUCUGGGAGACUGAAAAGAAAAAAAAAAAACAAAACACAAGAAAAACACAAAAAGAAAAAAAAAAAAAAAACGCUCCGCAGAUAACAAACACUGAACUGCAGUCUCAGCCACUGAUGACAGCUCUCAAAUGUCUCCAAGUAAAACUUUUUAGUGCCAUUACGUUACAUAGCGAGAACACACACAGACAAAAAAUGACGGCCCGUGUGAGGGUUUGGGGGUUUUUUCUCGAUUACUUUCUACUUUUGAUUUAAGUCGAGCUUAAAAAGCGACGUUUCUACAUGUGUCGGACGGACUUGUUUUGGUACGUGGUCAGGAGUUUUGGGAUCCCCUCGCCGUGCAGCCUUCGGACGGACGGACGGACAGAUGGACGGACGGAUGGACUGCAGAGGGGUUGUGUGUCUCCCCUACCCCUCCUCUUCCUCCCCCUCCUCCAGACACACACAUCUGACCACAAACUCAAGAGAGAGAAAAAUGACUGACGUUUAAUUUACACCACGCUUGUGUGCGUAUGUGUGUGUAUAUGUAUGUGUGUGUGAGGGAGAGCGAGUGCGGACUUCUGUUCAUUGUCACUGCCUUCAACACUUUUCAUUGGUUUCCAUCUUGGGUGGGAGGGAUGUUAUGUUUGGCUGUUUUUUUUGUUGUUUUUUUUUUUGUUUGUUUGUUCUUUGGGUGCAUUCUUUUGGGGCUAAUAGACGAUAAAAUAUCCACAUAAUGUGUCUUUUCUGUCAUUCAUGCUGUUAUUGACACCUUUUGUUUUUUGUUGUUAUUGUUUUUUUUCUUUGAAACUGAUCAGACCUCAUGCCCAUGCUGUGGAGAUUCUGUGGUCAGCACUUGAUGAUGAAUGUUUAUGAUUUCCUCUCAUGUUCUUUAAAACAUACUCAUGAAGCCGAAUGUCAGAUACCAAGUAGUAUUUUUCUGUCAUUUAUUCCACGAUCUUCGACAACUAGAAAAAAAAAAAAAUUAAAAAUCACCACUGACAUGUAGCCGCCACCUCACCCCUCCUCCUCCUCCUCCUCCUCUUCCUCCUCCUGCUCGUGAAGUCCAUUGGCAAUGCACUACUCAUAAUGAAGGCUCUCUCCACGCAUCAAUGAAGUUUAAUUUAAGAUGCGAAUGAAUGACAGAGAAAUCAUGCAGGUUAUGAUUUAUCCUUAUGAAAUUAUACUUUAAAACAGCCCCACACGGCAGAGCAUGUUGAGCUGCAACACAAUUUCUUGAUCACUUACAAGUUCUGGGUGUUCUUUCUUUUUUUUUUUUUUACUGCAAAAUGAAAACGUCAGGUGUGUACCGGCGAGAUAAUGAUUUAGACCAACUAAUUGUGAUUCCAGAACACAACUGUCACUGUUAAUCAAAUGUGUCGACUUUUUUUUUUUUUUUUUUUUUUUAUCCACGCUGUAAUUUCAUUCAGUCGAGGCCGUGCUCGGAGAUAAACGUGCAUUCCCUGUGGUUUUAUUUGUAUCACACGCAUGGCUAGUUUAAAGUUUUUAGUGAGUGUUAAUAAUUGCACACCAGAUGAAACGCUCAUUUUCUUUCACCGAGGGAAAAAAAAAAAAAAAAAAAAGACUUGCAAUAAUAAGACCAGAACAUCGCACAUUCCAGCCUUUUUAGCAGCCAUCGUACGGGCCCAAACAUACAGCACCGUGGAUACCUCAACGCCCAAAAAUUAAAGAGUAAAAUGGAAAAAAAAAUACAAGAAAAAAGCCGAUAAUUGUCGCGUUAAACCCAUAAUUGAAUCCACAGCCACAGAGCAGUUUUUAAAAAAUUCCAGCUUUGGUAGUAGAUCGAUUAAUUUCAAGACUGCAAUCAACCACUUUUAAUUUUUUUUUUUUUUAUUUAUUAUUAUGCUUUUUUUUUUUUAAGUUGUUGAUGUGUUUUAAUAUCUUGUUGUGUGACUACCAAAGAUAAACUACAAAGUCGACAUUGCGUGUUCCAUGCAAUAGCAGAUAAGGCCAAAUAAUCUCCCCUCCGUUCUCAUUGGACGCUGAUGUGUCCGACCUGCAGCUGUCGAGCCAAUGGCAGGCUCCGAAUCGAGGGAAGUGCUCCUCAGACUGGUGUCCUCAUUCUUUUUUUUUUUUUUAAAUUAAAAACCAAAGGGUGGGUGGGUGUAUUGGGUAGACAGCUGCACUAAUGUUUGCAGUGACCAAAAGUGAACGGGAGGCGCUAUCUGACUAACAGUCUACAGCCUACAUUAUGACCAAAUUAGGGAAACUUUUGUCUUUGGGCCAGUGAGCGGAAAAAAAAAAAAAAAGGGAGCUUUUUGGUCAGGAGCAGAUUUGUGUACAUGUAGAUAAAGUUGAUGGGGAAAGCUUUCGCAGAGAACAAUGUGAAAUGGAUUCUUUUACUUCAACUGGACCACACAGUGAUUCAAUGUUUCUCUUUUUCUUUCUUUUAUUUUUUUUUUAUUUUUUAAUUCCUUAUCCAUUUGUAUCCUUUUUAAUGAUUGUAUGCCACUUUUUAGGGGUUUUUUAGCGUCUUGACGGGACUCUGCUGUUCUUUGUUAAGAUUGGCAAGACUUUAUGAUUGUGUUUAGUUUCUGUCAACUUAUUACUUUUUAUAUUAAAAAACACUCCUGUCAACUAAUAAGCUGGGUACAAGGUACUUCAUGGCAGUUAUUGUUGUUAUUAUUUGUUUAAGUUCACUGCUCAUUUACUAAAAUUAUGAGGAAAAUAAGAGUUGGAGCGAGCGGGUGGGUGGGUGGGUGGGGGUGAAUCUGUGGUUUCCAGAAGAUGUAUUUAAUAUCCAGGCAGCUGUGGGAUGGGUCAGUUAGAGCCGGGCUAAGGAUCGUGAGAACAGGGGCCGAGCUCAUCCACAAACCUCAGUCUCUGGCUGGUUUUGUUUGGUAUCCAAAAAGGAGCAAAAAAAGCGCUGGUAGAUUAGGACAUUCUCAGCAUGUGUAGCUUGACAUUACUAAAGAUAACAGCAUGAGAAAAAAAAACGUUAGUACGCAUACCUCAGUUCAAACCUAUAGGGAAUGAUUCAAUUAAACCAGAAAGAAAGAAAAAAAAAAGGACAAACAUUUCACUCGGUUGCACUUAGUUGUAUGUCUUUGCAUGUGUAGUCGGAAAACUGUAGAGAGAAAAUAUCACACGAAAAAAAUAUUCAAAUGGAAUCUGAGCUUGUUUAUCUUAAGGGGUUCAUCCUUUUUUGUUGCCAAACUGAUCCAAACCUCAGGCCUUUUUUUUUUUUUUCUCUUCGUUGAGUAUCACCCAGCUGUGUGUGGCAUCGUUCAUCCUGUCAAAAAGUCUGUACUGAUGUUCCGAUGGGUUGUUUUAAGGGCGUUCAACAUAUUAGGUUGUACAUACAUGUCGGUAUAGCCUCUUGUCUUUCCCUGUCCUUCUCUCUCUCUCUCUCUAUUUCUCUCUUUUUUUUUAUUUUAAGUCAGAAAAUACAUUUGUGUUAUGAUGUUUGCUUUAUCGCGACUGCUUUGUAUUAACUAUGAAAUAGCUAUGAGAAAAACUGCUGUAUGUAUUGGAAUAGCAAACUGUGCUGCAAAUGUAUUUUACUUAGUAAUCCUUGCUUUAUAAAAAAGAAAAGAAAAAAAAAAAAAUCCCAUCAUCCACGCAGACAUCUGGGUGAGCUGGGCAGGGGCAGGCUGAGGGGGAGAUUAUCCCCAAUUUUGGAUUUUAACUGUAAUAUAGAGAACAGACUUUUCUCUGUUAUCAUUGACCUAAGCAUUUUUGUACAGAUUUUUUUCCCUCUUUGUGUUAAGCUGUUUUUUGAUACUUCCUUUUGAUGGUCCAACCACUGCCUUCUGUGGCUGUAUGUUAAAGAUUAACUGCUCGGAGGAAGAAGAAGAAGAAGAAAAAAAAAAAAAAAAAAAA